GUUACUACAGGACUUUGUCACACUCUAACCAAGGUGUGAAAAUAGAAAUAAAAAUUGUAAUCGUUGCAAACGAGUGGAAACCCCUGUCGCGAAACGACGUUGUACGAAACACGGCGAGGCAACGCGACCUGGUGUAUUUAUUUUAUUCGUGUCACGCGCGGCGUGUUGAAACGGAUUUGUGUGUGUGUGCGAAUGCUUUGGCAGGGGAAACGCGCGCCGUGUUCGCGUAAGGGCUAAAGGGGGCCUAACACGGGAGGCUUCGUCUAGACGCGAAUCGGCGCGGAAAGCAACGCUGGAAGGAUAAACAAUAGGGUUUAACAAUAAGAUUAAACAAUAGGAUACAACAGUAGGGUUAAACAAUAGGAGCAGAGGUAGAGGCGCACCCAGAGAGAGAGGGUGAGCUGAGGUCGACCCAGUAGCGGCAGGAGGAGCAGCGAUAACAGAACGCAAGAGGCGAAAGAGCAGCAGCAAGGAGGGUGAGAGAGGCAGAGGGAGCAGCAGCAAGAAAGGUGAGAGAGGCAGAGGGAGCAGCAGCAGCAGCCGCAAGAGGAUGUCCGACUCGGAGGACCUGAGCUCGGAGAAUGAUUCUGACUACGUGCCCUCGGCCGAGGAGUCGAGCGAUGACGAGGGGGAUCAGGCCGGGCAUGACGAGGUGGAGGAGGAUGGAGACGACGAGGUGGCGGCGGCAGCGAUGAAGAAGAAGGCUCCGUCGUUGAAAAAGCGGCGGGCGGCAUCCACCAAGGGAUUGCUGGGAGCCAGGAAGAGAACACGAAUUGGAGGCAUCCGGCUGUCGGGGGAUGAGGCUGAAGAGGAGUCUGGGGGUCAGGGGUCGCCUGGGCAGGAAGACGCUGAGGGCGCCGCGGUCGCCACGGAGACACCGGCCGAUUCCGGCAAAUCUAAGAGCCGCGCCGACGACCUCUGGGCCAGUUUCCUUAGCGACGUGGGCCAGAAGCCAAAGGCCAAGGAGGACGGCCAAGCGGAGGUCAACAAGACUCCCAGUCAAAGCUCGACGGCGGUGAAGACGGAGGCGCGGAAGGAGACGGAGAGGCCCAGGGAAGGAGCCAAGGUCUCCAUCACCAAGGUGUUUGACUUUGCAGGGGAGGAGGUCAGGGUCACGAAGGAGGUGGAUGCCGAGUCGAAGGAAGCACGCUCCUAUCUCAAGUCUCUGGAGGCGGAAAAGGAGGAGGGGAAGGAGGAGGAUGAGAAGGGAGGUUCUGGGUCUGGCACCGCCUCCACUGCUCCCUCACUUGCAUCGAAGCGGCCGGGCGGCGCGGCCGGCCUCAGCGCCGUGCUCGGCCAGAUCGGCGGCAAGAAGACGAAGAUGAGCACCCUGGAGAAGUCCAAGAUGGACUGGGACCAGUUCAAGGAGGUGGAGGGCAUCAGCGACGAGCUCGCCACACACAACCGCGGCAAGGCCGGGUACAUCGAGCGUCAGGCCUUCUUGGACCGAGUUGACCACCGCACGUUCGAGAUCGAGAAGAGCAUCCGCCUGACCAAGAGCAAGCGGUAGCGGGCAGCCGCCUCCUGUCAUCGGCGGCUCGGCGGGGCGGGGCAGUGGCACCGCCAUCGCCGCCGCCGCCACCACCACCGGCAACGCGGAGCCCUCGCUCGGACGCACGGUGCCACGACGCAAGCCUGGAAACAGCUGCUGGACGCAUUUAGAGGCUUGAGCGUGCGGCCCGCUGCGCCGGUGGUGGUGGUGGUGGGGGGGGGAGGAGGGUGGGGGGGGUUGAGAUGGCAGCUUUUGUUUCAGGCCGUGCGCUCAUUGCCGUAGCUUUACGCUGAGUGGGCCGUGACCCCCUGGGGUGUGUGGUGGGGGGCGGGAGGGCGGGGGGGCGGGGAACGUUGCAGGCCUCCAGCCAACGCCUGCCCACCCGCCCAGCUCCCAGUGUUUGCAGUUUCGCCGGCAAGGAUGUUCGCCCGUUUAAGUUUGGACAUCUGCGUUCUUAAUGUUGGGUUUCAGAAAGUAAAAAAAGUAAAAACGCCAGCGCAGGGGGCGUUUUGAGUAAAGCAGUCCCGGCGUCGUGCAGCCGCUCCGCUACUUGGAAGCGGCAGCACCAGGCCGCGACAGCGGCGAGUAAACAGACACACGGCGCUCUUGCCGGACCCCCUUUAACAUCGCGGGAACGUGUUUGGAGUAAAUUGGCGCGUUUUUUUUUGGUCGCUGUUUACGCGACUGCGGGGCCUUCCUGGGGGCUCCCCCUGCCACGGACGGCCACUGCUGCGCACGUUCGUCGCGACAUUUUUCCGUAAUUCUUUUAAUCGCUCGUUUUGGACGAUUGGAGAGCGGUGGCGGCGUUCGCCGUUUAACGGAGCGUGGGCCGCGGCGGAAACGAUCGCCGACGCUGGCCCGGGGGGGGGGGGGGGGGAAGGUAUGCCGCCCCCUGCCUGCCCUCCCCCCCUCCCGGGGUUAAAGGUCGCAUCUCUGCGCUCUCGGAGGGCAGCUGUGGUGCUGCUGCAUGUCGGGGUUGGUGGUGGCACGCUGGGGCUGGCGUCUGGCUGUGCGUCGGCGGCCUGCCUACCACCUUCCCGCCCUCGAUGACAGAGCCUUGGAAUUUUUUUUUUUUUAACAUUUUUCCAAAAUUGUUGUCGCGCGCCAAUCCCCCGGCGUUGAGCACGGGCGACCGAAAACCCUGGGCCCACCGCGCUGUCUGUGGAAGAGCCCCAGCUGCUGCCGAGCGAUGCCGGGGCGCUGUCGUCGUCCCGUCUGCCCGGCCCGGUGAUGUCACCUCCCUCUCCCACUGACCCCAUUACAUCACCGUCUCUUACAUCACCGCGGGGCCCCAUCUGGCGCGCUAUUUGUUUCAUUGAUUAUCUUCUCAUACAGCGAGGGGCCACCCCCCCCCCACCCAUCCCCAGCGAUCUCCACUCCCACAGGGAGCGGCUGUGCUCGACGGGGUGGGGGGUGGCGAGGGGGGGGGGGGGCGUCGUUCCACUGCGCGACAUCUACAACGGCAGCGGCGGCUUCGGGGGCGCGCUGGCGACCGUCCCGUUUAAAGUUACUUAAAUUUGUCAAAUAGCGGGAGAGAGACGGCAGGAGCCGCUGUCAUGGCGAUCGCGAGAUCAUGUUCAUAGUGUGUUUGCGAAUAAAGUAAAGCAUUUUAUACAAAUUCAAGUGAAACAUUUCUGAACGUUUUAGAAACUUUCAUCUACGCGGGCGUCGUGAUCCAACACUGGCUGCCUGCACCAUCGCGGUCCCACGCCUCUUCCCCCCCACUCCCACUCACCCCCCUCACCCUCCUCACCCCCACCACUACUGCCACCACUACCAGCCCGUGGGGUAGAACUGGAAGAGGGCUGAAGGGCCUUCUGUUCCAAGGGGAAGAUGAGCAAGUGGUUCGGGGGUCAGCGUCCGGUUUUGCUGAACACCAGCAGUUGAGUCCCCGUCUUAAUUCAAUGGGCAUGGCGCUGUGGUGUAACGGUUAUCGCGCUGCAAUUGCAAUGCAGAGGUCAACAGUUCGAUUCGACCUUCCGGCUCCGGCAGUUGAAACGGUGACGCGAGUUUAUUAAAAUCCCUUUGCCGCAGUUAAGUCAAGUCGGCAAGAUCUCUUGUGGUGGGGCAAAGUGUGGGGCAGUCCCUCUUUCACGGCGUCUUGGCUAAAUAACCUGUUGGGAGGCGGGGCGUGAGCGAGCAGUGACAGGGCUGGACCAUUUCACUCAAGCUUGGGGGGUAUCUUGACUCGAGGUGGUUUAUGCACCUGGCCACACACGUGGCCAUAUGCCUGGCUCUGUACUUGUUUCAUAACGCCGAAGUGGAAUGUUCCACUUGUGCUGCAAUUACGCCGAUGAAGAAGUAACCCUGAACACCCAUAAUCGUCAGAUUCCGCAAGCUAAGCAGGCGUGUUGAUCCUGG